AUGGGUGAUUAUUCAAAUGCACUUUCAUGUCAACAAAAAGCACUGAAAAUCGCGCAAAAUAAUCUGCCUUCAAAUCAUCCAGGUUUGGCUGCGUCUUACAGCAACAUUGGUGGCGUGUAUUACUGUCUGGGUGACUAUAACAAUGCACUUUCAUACCAUAAAAAAGCACUGGAAGUUAGAGAAAUAUCUCUUCCUUUAAAUCAUCCUGAAUUAGCUGCUUCUUAUGGCAAUAUUGGUUUGCUGUAUAACGCAAUGGGUGAUUAUUCCAACGCACUUUCAUCAUAUCAAAAAGCCUUAGAAAUAAGCCGAAAAUGUUUUCUUUCGGAUCAUCCUAAUUGGGCUGUUUCUUACAAUAAUAUUGGUUUGACGUACUUUUACAUGGGUGACUAUCCAAAUGCACUUUCAUCUCAUCAAAAAGCACUGG